AUGCGCAGGCGCACCGGCGCGGGGCGGGGCCUGGAGGGAGGAAUCAAAUGCUCUACCACUGAGCUAUACCCCCAGCGGCCACUAGCGGCUUCCUCUGCGUGUGUGGACACUCUGGACAUCGGACUGAGGACGGACAGGCAGUCCAUACCCACUCGCAAAGGACUUGCCAGCUAUGAGCAAGGUGUGCGGGUCACCGAGCACUGCGAUCUGCGAUGUCUGACCAGCGAAUCUCAGGCUCGGUUCCGGUGUUGCGAGUCCUCGCCUGGAGAGGCGCGAGAUGGAGAAGGCGUGCAGGGGUUGUCCCCGUCUCCUCCUCCCGGUGUCCGGAGUGUCUGGACUCGGUGUCCCUGGUGUGUGGGAAACCCCAGGCUGUGGACUUCGCGGGCACAGUCACCCCCUCGAGAUCGGGAGGACUGGAAUGGAGAGCAGGGCCACUGGGACCCCUCACGCUGGGACCCCGGGGAUCGCGUGCUGUCCUCGGUGGCUCGGUUGGAGACCGAGCCCGGAGAUCUUCAGCUUUCCCCUUCUUGCUCCCCUUCCAGAGAGGGACCCGUUCGGAUCGGGGAGCUUAUUUUUAGCUCAGACGGGGGAAAGACCACGCAAAUUAAGAAAUGAUUUCGGCUGUGCCACGUCGGACACUUUGAUAGUAACCGCGCGGUCACGUUCAGCGAGGUCGUGGGCAAGUUCCCCGGACAGAUUCCCGACGAGUCCCUCGUUAAGAGUUUUCUGCUGCAGAGACCAGCUUUGGGGGGUUAUGUAUUAUUGAUGAAAAGAGGGCUUACCGUAAUGUAUCCAGAGGAGAUAAAGGAUGUCCUGAUGAUGGACAUCAGCCCAGGGGACACUGUUUUGGAAGCAGACUCAGGCUGUAGUGCAGUGAGCUUAUUUUUAUCCAAAGCAGGUAAGAUUGGCGUAACUGAAGGAGGUCAUGGGGCAGGGGGAGACAUGAUCUCCAGAGCUCACUGGCCAGCCAAUCUAGUAGAGGCUGUGAGCUCUAGGUUCAGUGAAGAGACCUUUUAUUGUUUUCACUUUUCUGAAAGCAUCACACAGGUUAUUGAACUUUUGGAUGGGACUCGCACCUGUGAACUUGCUCUCUCAUGUGAACAGAUAAGCGAGGUCAGAGAGUGGCUGCUUUGCCUUACAAAACGGAGAAGUGGAAUUCUGCCUCCAACAGAGACCAAAAUCAACACAAAUUUACAAUUACAUUCUCUUAAGGAAAUUGGGGUUGGAAAUGAAGUAUUUCAAAAGGAGAACCAUGUUGAGCUUCAGUUUUAUUUUAUGCUUGUUUUUGAUAGUGAGGGAAGUUCAAACCACAGCUGAACUGAGUACCUGAGGUGACAGCCAUCAGUUUGGAGGCAGAGAAGUACCAAAUGAGAAGAUACUCUCACUUACUGUCAGAAACGGGCACUUCCAGUUAUUACUGUGAUCUGCAUAACUUUUCAUGUGUUUGCGGAGUAACCGAAGCUAGAGAACACUGCACAGCUUGGUAACUGCCCCAUUUUGACAGGGUCUUGCAUUAGCUGGACAUUCUGUAGCUAUGGUUCCAGGUUGCUGUGGUAGAACCUUGUCAUUCUUCACUUCCUGUAAACCACUCCAUAGCUUUGUCUUCCUUCAUAAAAUUAGUUUCCUUUUCUUUGUUUGAUUGAUGGUCAUUGGCUACCAAAAUAA